AUGACUUUCUCUGUGGUCCAUGGAGAUGGAUGCAUAAAUUUGGGGGGUACCUUGAGAUCUAUGAAACAGUAUUUCCCAGAAGGUUUCUUGGAGCUUGGAGUCACAGCCUUCCCCUGCCUGAAUAUGGUGUUUUGUUACCAGUGUCCAGAUCAAGAUGAAUCCCUAGAAGAAGACACAAUGCAUUUUUACUCCCCACACACCCUCCAGAAGCUGUCAAUUCAGAGCCUACUGAAGGAUGAGACAUUGGCCAUUUCUGCGCUCAUGUACCUGCCUAAUGUGCUGUUCCCACUAAUGUUUGAGGAGGCAUUCAAUCAUGGACAUACAAAGAUCUUAAAGGCCAUUGUAUCUCGGUGGCCCUUCCCACACCUUUGUUUAGGAAUGAUAAAUGAAUGCAACCUGGAGGAUUUGAAGGCUAUACUUGAGGGAUUAGAUAUACUGCUUGCAAAAAAGGAUCCCGCCAGUGGGUGCAAACUCAGAGAGCUCAAUUUGUUUGAUAAAAAUCAUGACUUGUCGGAGUUAGAGGACGGAUGCCCUGAAGGUGAAGGCUUUUCAGAGUUCAUGACACAGAAUCAGCCAAUGGAGAAGAGUCCUGACGGUGAAAUGAAGAAAGAAUUGAAGGUGGCAUGUAAACUCAGUCUCGUGGAGAGCAGACUUGAUGAAUCUAUCACAUACUUGUUUCAGUGGGCUCAGCAGAGAAAGGAUUCCAUUCAUCUGUGCUGUAGAGAGCUGAACAUUCAUGGCUUAACCAAAACCACAUUCAUAGAAAUCUUCAAAAAUGUACAUGCAGGCUAUAUACAGACACUUUUCCUAAGAAAUAGCUGCAUAGAAGACUUGGCUUUUUUUAUUUCCUACUUGAGACAGAUGAACAGUCUUUCCACACUCAUUCUAGACCACAUCACAGGUACCUUCUUCAUGGGUGAUUCUGUAAAGCUUGAUGAGGAGAAAAUAUUCAGAUUGAUUUCUCAACAUCCCACACUCCACUGUCUCCAGAAUCUCUAUUUACGUGCAAUCUCCUUUCCAAAGGGCAACCUGAAAGAAUACCUCAGGUGCCUGAAGAAGCCUUUGAAGAAACUUUGCAUCAUUGACUGUGAACUCUCACAGUCAGACUUGGAUUUUCUGCCCUAUUGUCUGAAUAUUUUGGAGCUCAAAGAACUGCAGCUUAAUACUAGCUAUUUAUGUGAUUUAUUCCUUGAACCUCUUGGAUUUCUCCUUGAGAGAGUUAGAGAUACUCUGGAAACCCUGGAUUUGGAAUCAUGUUGUUUAGAAGACUCUCAUUUCAGUGUCCUGAUGCCUGCCUUAAGCCAAUGUUCUCAGCUCAGAGAGGUUAAUUUAUAUGAUAAUAAUGUCUCUCUUCCUAUCCUGAAACAAAUUCUACAGCACACAGCCCAGUUGAGUGAGCUGACCUUUGAAUGGUACCCUGCCCCUCUGGAGUGCUAUGAUGAGAGUGGUAUAAUACUAUCAAAUAGAUUCAAAAAUCUUUGUCCUGAGCUCCUGGAUAUACUCAGGGCCAAAAGACAGCCCAAGGAGGUCAUCUUUGAAACAACCCCAUGCUCUAACUGUAGUGGGUCCUACAUCUAUGAUCUUGAGAAAAAAUUUUACUUUGAUGCAGAAAGCAUGUAA